AACGAUUUCAUUACGGAUAUGUUUCUGUUGCUCACUCAACUAAACUGUGUGUGCACUGCACACUUCGUCACCACAUCCACAUAUAAUCAAUGGAAAUAAAGGUUUUGUGUCCAUGAGAAUCACUAUAAUAUCCAAAAGAUGGCGUGGAAUUGCUGCUGUAGCUCCUCCUUCACCGCCACCACUUCGGCGGCGGUCGUUCCCGCCAUUUACGCCGCCGCAAGAACUCCGAACAGCUUCACAAUUACUCUUCGGAGAAAUAAUGCGUCCUCACAAUCGCAGUCGAUAAGGAACCCUAUAAAUCAAAUCGGUUCGCCCAAUUUCAUAGCGAGGAGCAAGGCCACAGAAUCGGAGUUUAAAACUGAUUCCUCGCCGUCCAAUGAGAUCGACUGUAUAGGCACCGGGCUGGAUGUUGAAUGCGUGAUCAAUCCUACCGAUGAUCAGUCGGAAAAUUCCGAGCAGGUGGGAGGGGAGACGAGAGAAACAACGUCCGCGUUAGUGGAAUUGGCGGUCACAGCGUUGGAAUGGGGACUUUUGAUAUCGCCCUUCUUCUUCUGGGGAACGGCCAUGGUGGCAAUGAAGGAAGUUAUUCCAAAAACUGGGCCUUUCGUGGUGGCGGCGUAUAGGCUAAUUCCUUCGGGGCUCUUGUUGGUCGGCUUCGCUGCUUCCAGGGGCCGGAGUUUUCCUUCGGGAUUCAAUGCUUGGCUGUCCAUCUCAGUUUUUGCUGCUAUUGAUGCUUCCUGCUUCCAGGGUUUUCUUGCUGAAGGAUUGGAGAGGACGACUGCUGGUUUGGGCAGUGUAAUAAUUGAUUCUCAACCUCUAACUGUGGCUAUUCUUGCCUCGUUACUAUUCGGAGAGUCAAUAGGUUACAUUGGAGCAGCUGGACUUGUCCUUGGUGUUAUAGGACUCUUACUUCUUGAGGUACCUGCUCUUGCUUUUGAUGCAAAUAAUUUUUCCCUGUGGGAAAGUGGGGAGUUGUGGAUGUUUCUAGCUGCACAAAGUAUGGCUAUUGGUACCGUGAUGGUCCGUUGGGUCUCCAAAUACUCAGAUCCUGUUAUGGCUACUGGAUGGCACAUGGUUAUUGGUGGCCUCCCUCUUAUGGCAAUUGCCAUUCUUAAUCAUGACCCUGCUCUCUCAAGUUCUCAUGAGCUUACGACAAAUGAUGUUCUGGCCCUUCUUUAUACCUCCAUUUUUGGUAGUGCCAUCAGCUAUGGUGUCUACUUCUACAACGCUACAAGAGGUAGCUUGACAAAGCUCAGCUCCCUAACCUUUUUGACUCCAAUGUUUGCAUCGCUUUUCGGUUUCAUAUAUCUUGGUGAAACUUUCUCACCACUGCAACUGGUUGGAGCACUGGUAACUCUUGCAGCAAUAUAUAUGGUUAACUACAAAAGUGAAGCAUGAGGAUGUUGAGGAACAGCCUGAUUUUGGCCGGAGCCUAGCAGCCAGCCUUACUUGUGGUUGGAGAGGUGGUGGUAGAUUGACCCCAAAAGGAGUACAUAAUGUUCAAAUACAAAGGAUGUAUUCGGAUGGGUUAUUAUGAGCCCAGAAUACAAUAUAAAAUCUUUGGUUUACAUAAACUAGAUUGUUAGGUUUGUACAUGUAUAUCUGUAGUGGGAACAUCAAAACGUUAUCAGCAAAUUAAUGUUGGUAAAACAAUGUUCAUCUUU